CCCGCCUUCUCCCGCCAAGACCCGGAAGUGCCUAGAGGCGAUGGCGGCUACGGCGGGCGUGGGGCAGCAGUGGGUGCUGGUGGAGAUGGUUCAGGCCUUCUAUGAGGCUCCAACCUACCAUCUUAUUUUGGAAGGCAUUUUGAUCCUAUGGAUAAUCAGACUACUUUUUUCCAAAACAUACAAGCUUCAAGAGAGAUCUGACCUCACACCUAAGGAAAAGGAAGAAUUAAUUGAAGAAUGGCAGCCAGAACCUCUUGUUCCUCCUGUAUCAAAAGAUCAUCCAGCUCUCAACUACAAUGUUGUCUCAGGGCCUCCAACCCAUAAAAUUAUUGUGAAUGGCAAACAGUGCAUAAACUUUGCAUCAUUUAAUUUUCUUGGGCUUUUGGAUAAUGAAAGAGUGAAGAAUGUAGCCCAGGCAUCUUUGGCAAAAUAUGGGGUUGGUUCUUGUGGUCCUAGAGGAUUUUAUGGAACUUUUGAUGUGCAUUUAGAAUUGGAGGAUCGGCUUGCUAGAUUUAUGAAAACUGAGGAAGCUAUCAUAUAUUCCUAUGGGUUUGCUACAAUUGCCAGUGCUAUUCCUGCUUAUUCAAAACGAGGAGACAUUGUGUUUGUUGAUGAAUCAGUCUGCUUUGCUAUUCAGAAAGGCUUACAGGCAUCCAGAAGUAACAUUAAGUUUUUUAAACAUAAUGAUAUGGCUGACCUUGAACAUCUACUAAAAGAACAAGAGAUUGAAGAUCAAAAGAAUCCUCGAAAAGCUCGGGUAACACGAAGAUUUAUUGUGGUAGAAGGUUUGUUUGUUAACACUGGAGAUAUUUGUCCUCUUCCAGAACUGGUGAAGUUAAAAUACAAAUACAAAGUGAGAUUAUUUUUGGAAGAAAGUCUGUCCUUUGGAGUAUUGGGAGAACAUGGGCGAGGAGUUACAGAACAUUUUGGAAUAAAUAUUGAUGAUAUUGAUCUUAUAAGUGCAAAUAUGGAAAAUGCUCUGGCAUCUAUUGGAGGAUUUUGCUGUGGGCGAUCCUUUGUUGUUGACCAUCAGAGAUUGUCAGGUCAGGGUUACUGCUUUUCAGCCUCCUUGCCUCCCCUAUUAGCUGCUGCUGCCAUAGAGGGCCUCAAUAUCAUGGAAGAAAAUUCAGGCAUUUUUCAGGUUUUACAACAAAAAUGUAAGCAAAUGCACAAAGCUUUGCAAGGGUAAGUGCUCUAUGACUUCUAAAUGACUUCUAAAGAGUGCACAGUCGUGCACAAUUGUGCAAACAUUAGAAUAAGCUGUAAUAUUGUUUGAGCCACUUCUGAAAUACACCUCUUCCCAUUUAUUUAUUUGUUGCAUUGAUAUGCCUCCCUUUUC